UAGCUUUUAAAUCAGGCGAGAUGAGUGCUUCCUUUGAUAGAGGGUGCUGCUGAUGACGAUGAUGAGCAGGUCUUGACUCCAGAGGGCCGUCCGUGUUGUGACUUCCUCCUCCUCCACCUCUUCCUCGUACUGUAAGGCUCCCCAGGGCUCCGUGCACCCCGAGGCAGGCCCCGUGAUGUGCGUGGCGUGAGGGCAACAUGGACCCGGACCUGGCUAGUGAUAGAUAUAUGGAAUUUGACACCGCAGAAGAUGACGCCUUCCUUAUACAGAGAAUUGACUCCAAUGAGAUCAUCUACUGUCCCCCGAAGAGAAAGUACAAGUUGGUGGGGCGGUAUGUCAUGGGGGACAAGCUUGGGGAGGGCAGCUACGGCAAGGUGAAGGAGUGCCUGGACCAGGACACUCUGCAGCGCCGCGCCGUCAAGAUCAUGAAGCGUAAGACCCUCCGGCGCAUCCCCAACGGAGAACAGAACGUGCAGCGUGAGAUCCAGCUGCUGCGGCGACUCCGACACCGCCACGUCAUCAGCCUGUGUGACGUCUACCACAACCAGGAGAAGGGCAAGAUCUACAUGGUGAUGGAGUUCUGUAUCACUGGCCUGCAGGAGAUGCUGGACAAGGCUAAGGACAAGAAGUUCCCCAUCUGGCAGGCGCAUAUGUAUUUUGUGCAGCUGGUGGAUGGAUUGGAGUAUCUGCACAGUCGAGGGGUGGUACACAAAGACAUCAAGCCAGGCAACCUCCUUCUCAGCAGCGACGGCAACCUCAAGAUAUCCGACUUUGGGGUGGCUGAGCAGCUGGACAUGACCACAGGCAACGACGAGAUCACCACCAGCCAGGGUUCGCCACUCUUCCAGCCGCCCGAGGUGGCUGGUGGCGUGCGCACCUUUCCAGGCUUCAAGGUUGACGUGUGGAGCGCCGGAUGUACCCUCUUCAACCUCACCAGCGGCAAGUAUCCCUUUGAGGGGGAAAACAUGUUCCGCCUGUUUGAGAACAUCUGUGAGAAGCAGCUGGAGGUGCCCACGGAGCUGGAACCGGCCCUGCGUGUGCUGCUGGAGGGCAUGCUGAGGAAGGACCCUUACCAACGCCUCACCCUUGCACAGGUCAAAGCUCAUGACUGGUGUUGCAAGAAGCACCCGCGCACGGAGGAGGAGGUGGGGGUGGUGAAGAGUGAGCGAGGCAACCAGCACGCCACCACCAUCCUGCCUUACCUGCGCUCACACUACUAUGCCUCAGACUCCGAGGACGAGCUGAUCACCGAGCACGAGCUGAACGGGAAUAUGGUGGCGGUAAUCUUCAAUCCUGGCUGCAGAGUGUGCCACCAUGCCGUGCCCCCACCACAGGGGGAAUGUGACGUAUGAGACAAGGAACCAAGUAGAGCACCAGCUGCAGCUCUCCCCUGCAGACCUUCAGGAGAAACCCAACGGCACCAGCAAGCAGCAGCGGCGGCGGCGGAAACCCAUCUCCUGCAUCAGCGUCAAGUCACUCACAUCCUGCAAGCAGUCCUGACACUGCUCCUGCACCCCAUACUGAAGUGCCGAGCUCACACCACGCCUGCUGGGGGAAACCAAUGCCCCUCCUGCUCUGCCUGAGGUGACGGAGUGAGUCUUGUGUCUGUCCCUCAGGUCCCUAAGGUCCCCCAGUCUCCAGCCAGCUGAGAGGGUCGUAACUGCUGUCUCACAGGGUUCAGGUCAUCAGAGGUGACACGGAAGGAGAGGAGUGAAAAAGAGAUAGCACUUUGCAGCGUCACCAAAGAUCUCCGGUCAGCCUGACUUGCCUGAGGAACCUGGCUGCUUCUACCUGGCCAUGGUGUGUUUGAGAUGCAAGGGAGGAUGAAAAGAUGCCCGUUGAUUGUCAGGAAAGUGUGAUGCCAGUGGGGAGGAAGAGAGACGAAAGGUAAGGAGAGGAAGAAGCAAAGGGAGUGAUGUUGUGGUUGCACGACUUGAGCCUUUGCCUCGAUCCCUUCAGGCAAGUGAAAAGGAUGAAGGCGAGUCCUGCAGAAGGGAAGGGAAGAAGUGUUUGUGAAGGGAAGGUGUUUGUGGAAAAGUUUCUUUUUUUAAGGGUUGUCUGGCUGAAGGUAUAGAUAAAGAAUAUAUAAAAAGGUGCUCUCCAGAAAAUAAAACAAAAACUUAAAAAAAAUAAUGAUAGGUGUAAGGGUAAAUUUCAGGCUGAUUUUGUAUAUACUAUAUUUAUAUGUUUCCAGUAUAAAAAAAAACAAAAGAGAAAAUGUGUCAUACUUAAGUGUACAAAUACGUAGUCAUAUACUGAUUGCAGAGCUGUGAAGGGGGGAGUGAAGGAGAGAACAAACUGGUGCAGAGUAAGAAAGGAGGAGGAGGAGGAGUACAGCCACAAAGUGCUUGGGGUUGAGGAUCAAGUGCACUGGAAAUAAUGAAUGGGACGAAAGAAAAUUUAAGAUUGUCUCCAAGAGAUGAAAAAUAAAAGAAAGAUAAAAAAAAAAGUGAUUUGAAAAGAUGAGAUAUAGGAACAGUUGAUGAAAAUGUUACUUGUGUGUGCCUGAAAGGAAAAGGAGAAGGAGGAAGUAGUAUAGAAUAGAGAAAUGAUGAUAACAUGGAUGUAUACGAGGAUUUGAGUCGGAAAAUGAAAGUGAGUGAUGAAUGAAAAGGAAGAAAAUAAAUGAGAUGAUAUGGAUAUGUAUUGUAAGGUAAAAAUUAGUCUGAACACAUAGAGAGAUGAAACAGAUCUGUAUUGUAAGCAAGGAAGAGAAAGUUGAUGUUUGUAAUUGAGAGGAGAAGAAGAAGAAGGGAAAUAAUAUUGAGUUAUAGGAAGCAAAAAAGGGAAUAGGAAAGGAAGUAUACACAAUUGAGAGACAGAAAGACAAGGAUGGUGAUAUUUAUAAGCUUGUAGGUAGAAUGAAUGUUGCCACAGGAAAAAAAGAUUAUUAUGAGGGUAGGAAAGGGAAUAAAAGAUUGGCUGUGAUGCGAGACUAACAGUGUGUGUGUGUGUGUGUGUGUGUGUGUGUGUGUGUGUGUGUGUGUGUGGUGUGGCAGGGGGAGGCAGGAAUAAGAUGUGUAAUAAACCAGACAAGUGUUAGUUUAGUACAUAAAGACAGGAAUUAAACUAACCAUCAGGAUGCUAAUUGACUGACUGUAAGUGUGUGUGUGUGGUGUGUGGGGGAGUGUAAGUUCAGUUUGAGAAGAUAAAAAGUACUCAGUCAAAACUAAUGCUUGCUAUUCUAAACUAACACUUGCUAACUUAUUACUGUAGAAUCUCCUGAAGGAAGUGUGAGGUGCCCUGGGUUGGAAGAGGCUCUUAGACCACACCACUGAGAGGAAGGCUGUCACUGAACUCCCUGCCUGCUUCUGUAGUUCCUCCCUCCUGUGACUUCCCUCUUUACAGUGGGAGGUUUCAAGACAAUUAUCCUCAGUUUUUUUUUUUAUGAUCCUUUUUGACUUCUUCUGGGGACUGGCACUCUCAAUGGUACAGUUUUCAUGCUUCUUGUUACCCUUGGCUAGUGUCCCGCUCGCACCAAAAAAGAAAACAUUAUCAAGUGGUUUUGUUUUGAGUGCAUGCUUCAGCCCAGGACACCUCAUGCAUAAUUAUAAUUGUAAUCAAGGCCAAAAUAUUUCAAGUCAUUAAUUAACCGGUACAAAAAUACACUAAAGAGUGUAUUACAUAUAGCUCAUUCUUGUAUUGAAACUGCUGUAGAAAGAAAAUAUAUGUGCUAUAGAAAGGCAUUGCCAAAGAAACCACAAAUGAAAGUGCAAGAUGUUUAGGAUAUUAAGAGUAUUAUACCUCACUCGCAUUUUGAAAUUGAUCUAAGUAAGAGGAGAAAAAAUACAAUAGAAACUACCAAAGGAAUUAGGAACAAAAGUGGAGAAUGAUAUAUUUACAGAGUCAGACUUGAGAGUUUACACUGUGACUGUAUCUUUUCAUUCCUCACAGUGUAACUCCUGUAGCUGUUAUGAAAGGAGAACAGCCGUGAACUUAAUCCUGAAGCUUAGCAGUAGAAGAAUAGGUAACAGGAUGAGAAACGAGGGAAAUAUAUACAAGAACAACAGCAAUUGAAGAAUUUUGGAGUUGAGGAAAGGAGGAAAACAUGAACAGAAAUAUAGAGACAAGCCCAGUAACUUAAUACAAUGCAGGGAAGAAUAGAGUGAGGAAAUAAGUUACAGUUCCACCUAAUAACUGCAAAAUAAGAGAGAAAAGUCACACAUGAGCAUAAAGUAAAGUAAGGAAGACCAGAUGACACUCGUAAGGCAGCAUCGGAGUGUGUGUGUGUGUGUGGAUGUAUACGUUUUGUGAUCAUCCAAGACUGAGGGAGAUAGUGAUGUAGAAGUAUGGACAUGUGGCUGAGCUGAGGGUGUAGUUGAUGGAAUGAUAGGUUGAUGGGACCGUAAGAGCUUGGAAGGAGGGAGUAAUGUAGAAGUAUGGACGUGUGGACUGAGUUGAGGGUGUAGUUAAUGGGUUGAUGGGUUGAUGGGACCGGAAGAGCAUAGAAAGAGGGAUCGGACCAUGGAGUGUGGAAAGUGAUGGUGUAGGAAAGAGGGUGUUGGUAGUUUUCUUUUAUUCUCAUCCAUGUUCUUGUAUUCAUUCUACCUUUUAAUCUCUCUCAUUUUUUUUUUUUUUUUUUUUUUCUCAUUUGAAUCUUUAUAUAUCUUCUGUUUUGCACUUUCCCCUCAUUUUUCUCUAUUAAUUGCAUGGGCAUCUUUUACUUUUGAUCCAUCCUUCUGCCUAAUAUUUUCAAUUUCUUCUAUUCUUUUUCUUAUUUUCCUUCAUCCUUCCAUAUCAUUACACAUAACUUUAUAUUCUUCCAUCCAUCUUUCAUAUCUACUUUCACCUUCUUCCAGUCUUUUCUUAUUUACAUCCAUCGUCCUUUCAUAUCAUGACACAUGCCUUUAUUGUCCUGAUAUGUGCCUCUCUUUACUCCUUAGGUAGCUGGGAAGUGGUGUAUUUUUAACAUCGACAUUGCUGUUGCCAUAACAAGUACAGACACUCCUGACUUAUGAACAUCUGGUGAUAUGAACAAGAGUCACUGCAAGUCUGCAUUCUGUUUGUUACUCUGCUGCAGGUUCAGAUUCACCACAUGCCUCCCGCACUGCCACUUUUGGCCACCACACGCCAGCCAACAGCGUGGUGGAGGAGAGAAGCGUUGUGUUGCUUUAUACUCAACUCCGUAAUUUUUUUUAUUAAUAUUUUUUUUUCAACUUUGUAAUUAUCGAUGAUGGCUGGUGGCACGCUUAAUGCUGGUGAUGGUAGUGGCAGUGCUGAGAAGCAUCAGUCCACCUCAAUUGAAAUGUGGUGUCCAUAAUGAAGAAACUUUUUGUAGUUUACAUACAGUACAGUACUACAAUAUUGGAGCAAUUUAUUAAUUUAUUUUCUUCCAGUGUAAUAUAUACAGUAUCUUCAUCACAGUGUGACUGUACAGUAUUGUUAUGAUAGUCUUUAUUACAUUAUCUCAAUAUGUAGUACUCCCGAUAUAUUUUACGUAAUAAUGACUAUGGACAUUGUGAUUUAUGGAUUCCUGUCUGGAACACAACUCCUUCAUAAGUCAGGGAGUGUUUGCAUGUACAGAUUCUACAGGGUAUUAGUUGCAUGCACACCCAUACCAUAUCCUCCCACUUAAUUCAUUCAUUUUCCCUCCAACCUAUCAAAGUUUCCUGCCCACACCCUUUUCCGACACCAUGAGAGGACGAGAGGCAAGGGAGUGCCAUGGAUGACCUUGCUAGUGCUGUGUGUGGUGUGUCAGAAGAGCUGGAGCCUUGCAGGUGGCCAGAAUAAGCUGAGGGCAAGGAUGGUCUUGCUUAGUGCAUGAGAGUGGUCCCUUGUAAACUGUAGCUUGUGACUGUAUCUUUUCUAUGUUCUUUUUAUUUUAAGGGGAAGCCUUUAAUUAACCUGCAGAGGGGACAGGUGAGGCAGACGUGAAGGAUAGAGAUAUUAACGUAGCGCAUAGAAAGGAUAAUGUUGGCUCAUUCUCAGGAGUGUGAGAGUUUGAAGUAUUUCUACCCUUCUGUUGAGACUCAGGUGAAAAGGAUGAGUGUGUUUGGAAAGGUGAGGUUAUUUUUUACUCAGGGGAGAGUGAGGCAUAGGCACACUGGAAAACUUGGCUCAAAACAUAAGGUAAAGGGAUGGUGAGAGGUGGGAGAGAGAGUUUGAGUAAGGGAAGGCACAGACAUGGUGAGGAAGGAGCAGGUGUGGCGUGGUGAUGUGACUCAUUCCUGGUCCAGUGAAGCAAGCGAAUGAGAGAGAUAGAUAGAUGAAGAGGGAGGGAGGGAGGGAGGAGGAGCAGAACUAGCAGAAUAACUUUGGGCAGUGUGCAGCUCAGUAAGGUGAAGGACAGGUGUGAGGGGGCUGCCAGCCCCACACUGUCCUCCCACACAAAGCUGCACAUUGCCACUCACUUGUUACAACUUUGAAGAAAAUAAUGAUAAUUAAUAAAAAAAAAGAGAUCACCAGUGCCAUAUUAAUCAUAUGCUUUACCAAUAAAUAUUGUAUAUAUGUAUUUUUAUAUAUCAUCCUUUUACCCACAGAAUGUUUACUUUAAGAUUGACAUUCUCUAAAAAAUUCUGUAGGGGUGAGAGAGCCUCCCAUUCCCAGUGCUUCACUUUGUGUUUGGUAGAAUUAGAUGUUAGAUUUCCUGAAGACGUACACGCGAUUCCCCGCCCCUAUAAUGUUAUACUCUGUGCAUAUAUUUAAGUCAAGUUUUGAUAUGCAUCUGUAUGCCUUUUCCAAUAUUUCUUUUACUCCAAGGAUGUCUUCAAACCAAAAGCAUGGUUGUGUGUUUCAGUGUAAGCACCUCAGCCCAAGAAGAUUGUGUGUGUGUGUGUGUGUGUGUGUGUGUGUGUGUGUGUGUGUGUGUGCGCGUAUGUGUAUUUAUCAAACCCAGGAACCACAGUGGUGAAACAAUGGCUUUUUAUACCAUCACUGGCGUCGGACGAGCCCGCCUGCUGAUCGGGUGAUGCGGCGCGGUGGGACACACAUUUGUUUUGUUGGUGUGAUGAGUCAUUUCCAAGGCACCGUGCUUGUCUCGUGAGGAGACGCCAGACACUGGCCAUCACUCCAUUGCCAAGAAAAUAGGCAUGGCUGAUUUGUUGGCUGUUUGAUAGGCUGUAGCAUGUAGUUGUUUGUGGUAUAUCUUCUAAUGGCAUUUAUAUAACACUAAUACAAAGACAGUCACUUGUGACUUUUGUCUCCGGCAUGAGUCGCCGCCACCUUGUACAGACCUCCUUAGCCUCAAAGUGUAUGUAAUGCAUAUUGACUUUUUGUAUGUAUGUAAAACUACAACCACCACUAUGUAUAUCUCUAUCCAUAGUCAGGCAGCAUCAGGGCAGAUUUCGCUUAUGUAAAGACUACACUGUUCUACCUUGUACAUAGAACACCCAGCACUGGCCUGACAUGGAAGGCACUCCUGCUGGUGUUCCUCAGUAGUGUACAGUGUAUUGUACAGCCAAAUCAAUUUUGUACUUGUCUCAGUCGCAUAAAACUGAGGGACAGUGGAUGAGUGGAUGUUAGUGUCACCUUGUGUCUUGUUUUAAGCUGUAGUGUGACCUCCCAAGACUCUGCUGGUUGUUCUUGUGUGUGCUUUGCUUCCGCAAGGCAUGCCCAUGGCUGUUUCAGAGUGCAGGAAAGCUGGGCAGUCGUGUGGCCCCAGAGUCGUGUGGGCAGGGAGGCAGUGACAGAGGCAACAGGAACUUACUCCUAUUCAGUGUGACCUACUACAGCCUUGCUUCACCUGGGCAAGGUGCUACAAAUUAAGGAUCAAAAUACACCACCAUAACCUUUCAGUUGACCUAAAAGUUUGACUCAAGGAAACAAAAUGUGGCUCUUUAAGGAUAGAAGAAUUUGAAAUUAUCUGUUUACUUUUAUGGUAUUUCCUCAUGGAGUAAAAAGGGGCAUAUAUACGCAUUUCAUCUGCAUGAUGGAGACUGAAAUAACUUCUGUACAUUUUAUUUCCUUACACUCUCACUUUCCUUCUGAGCACAUGCAUGAAGACAAUAUUCUCACCAGCAAGACAGGGCAGCUGGCACCUCACCACCCCCCAACACAGGCUUGGAAGGGGUGCACUGAUGCCGCACCUCAGGCCAUGCACCCCUGCACCCCACACCUGUGAAGCCUUACUCUCAUGGGCCCUGGUGCCUCUUAUAACAAGUUGUAUUUGUUCUCACACCACAUUGAUUUCUGCUUCAUUGCUCUGGAAGGCAAGACUCUUUCCUUUGUUAUCUGAAACUACUUCCACUUGUUGAUUGCCUAGUACUGCUGGUAUUGAAUGCCCAGUACAGUGUGUCUUAUGUGCUUUCUCUUCCUGUGAUUGAAGCAGAAGUAGUGGUGGUGUUGAUGCUGGAAUGAUCAGAUGAGACAAGAUUGACAGUAUGGAUGUGUUGUCUAGUCCUGCAAUGCCCCAGGGCUCCUCGAGGCUCAUCUCCCAAGAGCCCAUCAGAGUGAGGCUUCACGUCACACAGUUUCACCGACCUAGAGUACAAAGACUGUGAUAUGAAGCCCAUUACUUGUUUCUCCUGUCCCUCCACUACACAUUUCCUUCAUUCAUUUGUCUGCCACUCCACCUCACUGGAUAAAAACAGAGUGAAAAGCUUUUCUCACCCAGCCAAGGGACAAACCUUUUGGAAGCUCGAGUACACCCAUGCACAGGGUCUGGAGGUCAUCAAAGCUUACCUUGCAUAUUUCCAUGGUGUUAGGAUGGCCUUUAUGUUAGUGUUUUAUGUUAUGUCCAUGUGUUUGGGCUCGUGGCACAUCACCACUGGGUAUGUGCGGGUAAGGCAGGCACAUAGACAUCCUCAGUAGUGGAGAUGUGUCAUAUCUCAUAUACUAUUAGUUAGCUAUGAAGGAUGGGGAAGGUUUGUCUGUUGUGGCAAAACAACCCCCUGGCCUUCUAGUUGUCAUUGUACCUGGUGUUUACUUCUGUGAGUGUCAGAGAGCCAUGGCCAAGCCUCCCUUGUGGGGCUGAGUGUGGUGUGUACCGGCCAGGUUUGUGUGUGCCUGCAUCCUGCCACUGCUGUUGCGAGGGAGUGGUGUGCUGUGGGUGGGUCACCUCAUGGCAACAAGGACGGAUGCAUUUAAAUUUUCUGGCAUUUAUUACCACUUUUGGUGAAACAUACCUAUAUUUGGGAUCUUCAUUGCAGCACAUGCUGUUUUCUUUCUUUUGUGGCUUUUUGUUUCCAGGUACAUACAAGUUUGUUUCUGAUGAGUCAACUAUAAAUUAUUUGCCUGUCUCAUUUGCAGUGUUAGUGAGCUUUUGAGUGGCUCAUAAAUUAUAAGUGUAUGCAUGUGUGUAUGUGUGAGUGUAUAGCAUAUGUGUGUAUGUGUAUAGAACUGUCCCUCUGUCAGGCUUGCAGGGUGUGUUUCUUGGUGUGGAAGGGACAGACUGGCCUCUGCGUGGCUCAGCACACACCCACACACACACACAGUGGUUGUGGUAGUGGUGGUGGUGGGCUGCGUGGGGCUGUGGGGCUCACUGAACACUGCUACACUCGGAAGCACACCUGUAGGUAAGGAAGCUCAUAACUGUAGCGGCUUACACAUGCUCCUCAGCCUCUGUACAUAGCUGGACAAGUGGCCCGUUACUCCAGUGAAACUCGCUCACAAUGGACACCUUUAUUAACUUUGGCUCAGUAGGAAUGCUUGUUGAAUUAUUGAUAUGGAAGGCCAUCAAGGUAUACACACACAUAUGUUCCACCAAUAAAUCAAAGGCAAUAUUCCACUUUGGAUAUCUUAGAGUUUGAAGAUACUACUACUAUACAUAUAAUAUAAAUGUAGGUUAUGUACUACCAGGUGUCUGGAAAUGUAUAUGUACAGUAUUUUGUUAUGAUUACUUUUGUGUAGUGUUUGUUAUAUUUUAAAGCCUGUGGUUAUAAAUACUGUGCUUGGAAAGAUUAUAUGAAAUGUG